AUGUCUUAUAUCAAUUCUCUGAACCUACUUGGGACAGAGCCGUCUACCGACAUUUCUGAGGAGACGCUCACUGAAGAGCUUUCAUUGUGGGCGAAUGCUCAAUUCACCUUCGACACCACUCCCGGAUCGGCUCUACUCGACGAUUUCACAAAGGACGUCAAUAAGAACGAUGCUGAUCUAUUUGCUACUUUGACCGAGCUUGGUCAACAACAGCAACAACAGCAACAGCAACAAACGACGACGACAUCGAAUGCUUAUCUAACACCUGCAUCGUAUCUUGUUCCCUUGCAACAACAACAGCAACAGCAGCAGCAACCAUCGACGAGUCAACAACAACAACAACAUCAUGGUCUUGCACGCAUUGCACCUGCACCUACACCUAUUGAUUUGACGUCGUCUUCAUGGGCUAAUGUGCUUGCCCCCACACCAUCCAAGUCUACUACGACGACGACAUUGACGAAUAGAAAACGCAAGCAAGCACCAAGUGAAACAUCCUCCUCGUCCUCGCCGACACCAUCGACAUCGGAUACUUUGGAUGCCAAAGAAAAAGUGCUUGCAGAAGAAGAUAAGCGUCGUCGCAAUACAGCUGCAUCAGCACGAUUCCGUAUGAAGAAAAAGAUGCGUGAACAAGCUUUGGAGCAAACUGCCAAGGAAAUGACUAGCAAGGCCGAAGCACUUGAGAAGCGAGUCAAGGAACUUGAGAUGGAAGCCAAAUGGCUACGUGCUCUUGUUGUUGAAAAAGAUCCCAAGCUCUUGGAACGUACUAGUGCUGCUACUCCAUCCACUACCUCUUCCUAA